AUUCAGAAACCAUUCGACUUCCUUAUGAAGAAGGAGAAUUACUUGAAUAUUUGGAUGCCGAGGAGCUACCCCCUAUUUUAGUUGACCUUCUUGAAAAAUCUCAGAUUAAUAUUUUCCAUUGUGGGAGUGUCAUAACAGAAAUACGUGACUAUAGACAGUCUGGUAAUCUGAAAUCUCCAACGUAUCAAAGCAAACACAUUCUUUUGCGCCCAACAAUGCAGACCUUGAUUUGUGAUGUGCAUUCUAUUACAAGUGACAACCACAAGUGGACACAGGAAGACAAACUUCUAUUAGAAAGUCAACUGAUACUGGCAACAGCAGAACCUCUGUGUCUAGAUCCAUCAAUUGCUGUUACGUGCACAGCAAACCAGCUUUUGUAUAAUAAGCAAAAAAUGAAUACUCAGCCAAUGAAACGAUGUUUCAAGAAAUAUUCCAGGCCAUCUCUGAAUUACCAGCAGGAGGUGUCUCAAAGUACCAUUCCACCACAGUUCAAGCUAUUUGAUUAUUUACAAAAAAGAAAGGAGAGAAGAGGAAGCCAACAGUAUGAUCUCAAAAUUUCCAAAGCUGGAAAUUGUGUUGAUAUGUGGAAACAGAACCCCUGCUAUUUGACUGCACCAUCUGAAAUAGAUGUGGAAAAAUAUGCUAAAGUGGAAAAAUCUAUGAAACCCGAUGAUUCACAACCAAGUGUCUGGCCAAUUCAUGAAAUAAAAGAUGAUUAUGUGUUUGAAUGUGAAAGUGGCAAUCAUUUUCAGAAGACAAAAUUGACAAUUUUUCAGUCCCUUGGAAAUCCAUUGUACUAUGGUAAAAUACAGACUCUUAAAAAUGAUGAGGAUAACGAAAGUCCAUCACAUUUUCUUAUUGGCUCAAAGUCGGAAGCAGAAAGAGUAGUCAACCAAUACCAGGAGCUGGUUCAAAAUGAAGCUAAAUGUCCUGUGAAGAUUUUUCAUAACUCAAGUGGAUCAAUCCAUGCCAGUCAACUUUCUCCUGGGAAGGAACUAGAACAGACUGAGGGUGUGGCAGGUUAUAUACAGUCUUCAGUGUUGGGAAAAGGUGUGAAACACAGACCACCUCCCAUCAAGCUACCUUCAAGUUCAGCAAGCAGUUCUUCAGGUAAUAUUUUUAGUCCACAGCAGUCAAGCAGUCAUCUCAAAUCCCCAACUCCUCCUCCUCCUCCUCCUCCUUCUGCUCUUCCUCCUCCUAAGCCUCCCUGUGUAUCUCGGAAGCAGUCUCUGGAUCUGAACCAAUUGAGCAUGCUUUCUUCGACUUCUGUGUCUCCUGCAAGUGCUUCACAAAGGUCUGGAACUCCUAAGCCAACUACUCCUACUCCAACCAACACCCUUUCAUCGACCCCACACCCUGCCGAUGCUCAGAGCUCAUCUCUGAUUACCCUUACUCCCCAAGAUUCAGGCUUCACCCCUCAGCCCACUUUGCUUACCCCGUUUGCUCAACAGCAAAUGUCUCUGGGCCAGGCAUUGCCUGUAAUGACCAUUCCUCUUUCCACCAUGGUAACUUCCGUUACUACAGGAACAUCUUCCAACCAGGUCAUGACAAACACUGCAGGACUUAACUUCAUCAAUGUAGUGGGCUCUGUGUGUGGAACACAAACAUUAAUGAGUGGUUCAAAUCCCAUGUUGGGGGGUAGUACUGGUGCACUCCCCCCUGCAGGUAUAAACCUGAGUAAUAUUUUACCUUCAGGAAAUCUGAUGCCAAAUGCACUCCCUGCUGCAAUGCAGCAUAACUCUCAGCCAGGUGUCCCUUUUGGUUUAAAAAAUGCUCCAGGCCUUCGCCCAUUGAAUCUUCUACAGCUUGCAGGUGGCUCACUGAUAUUCAAUCCUCUCCAGCAGCAGCAGCAGCAACAACUCUCCCAGUUUUCAUCUCAGCUGCCUACAACUUCUAGUCCUCAGCUACAGGGAGAUCAGGGUUCUGAGGAAGCAUCCCCAAACCAGGAUCAAUCUUUAUCUGUUCAGCAAACUGCUGUUGUUAACUUGACUGGAGUAGGGAACUUUAUCCAACCUCAAGCAGCAGUUCUUUCUCCAUCAAAUGGUUAUGGCGGUAGCAGCAUAAGCAGCUCUACUACUACAUCAUCUAGGUACCCAGUCAAAAAGUAAAAAGGGGGGAAAAAAACUUCACUGGUAUCAAAAUCCUGAAACUUGCAUUUGAGAGAGAUGUAUGUAUUCAAUAAUAAUAUUUUUAAAAAUGUUUUUUAAAAAAAGAAACUGAAUUUGUAGCUAUACUGAGGCAUAGCAAUCGACUGAAAUUUGUAAGAAAGCUAUACUGUUUUAAAAUGAAAUUAUUCAUCUGGAAAUGUUACACAAAUUUCAAGAUUAAAUGAUAUUGUGAAAUAAUG